UGCUUAGAGAGAGAGAGGAAGGAGGGUUCAUUCAGAGGAGGGCUGGGAUUUCAUUUUUAAAAAAAACACCCCCUCAGCUCCCAUGUUUUUAUGCACUUGUUCCUCCCGAGGCAUCCCCUCUCUGUCUCUUCUUUUAACUGGAAGCUGUUGAGACACACACACACUCACUUCUCUCUCGCAUUUAUUAAGACUGGGAAUAAAGGUUGUUGGACUGCUUGAUUUCACCACCGCAGUGUCAUAAGGAAACCGUGGAAGACGACACACAGAAAACAAUAAGCAGAAGUACACAUGAACUGAAGGGGUUGUGAGACAACAAAGUGCUCUCAGAAACAAAAAAUAAAGCUCUGGGGAGAGACUUUCUCCCCCAGCCUCUUAUGGCCUCCGUGCCUGCUUCCCCAGUCCAGGCAUGACCGUCACCCCUAAAAAGGACAGUGCUCAGUCUGGUUCCUCCUCUUACAACAACACAAGCCACAGAUCUGGUCCGGUGCAGAUGGAGGAGGUCGAAGGCCUUCGUAUUAAGCCCACCACUGAGGACUCUGUGUCUCUGGCUUCCUCCUUGGCUGAGCCCAUCAACCUAGAAGAUUCCCAUUACGCUUUGCUGCAAGGCGAGCUCGAGGUUAAUGCCCAGAACCUGGAGGCGGAGUCAUGGAGUGCGGCGGUGGACCAGAACUACUUGAAGGCCCUGAACAAAGAGGCUGGUCAAAGACAGGAUGUCAUCUAUGAGUUGAUCCAGACGGAGAUGCACCAUGUACGCACCUUAAAAAUCCUUCUCCAUGUCUACAUGCAUGAGUUGAGGCAGUCUUUGCUGAUAGAAGAGACCAGACUGGAGCGACUCUUUACUGGAGUGGAGCCUCUGCUCAUCCUCCACCAGCACUUCCUUAACUGCCUCAAAGUACGCCAAAAUGAAAGUCAAGAGGAAGGAAGCCCAAACAACUACCAGAUCACACAACUGGGGGAUAUUCUCAUCUCUCAGUUUUCAGGUGAGCUGGGAGAAGGAAUGAUGGCGUACUACAGUCUUUUCUGCAGUCAUCACAAUGAAGCCAUCAGCUUCUAUAAAGAGCAGCUGCAGAACAACAAGAAACUGCAGAUCCUUAUGAGGAAAAUAGGUCAGGUGUCCCUCGUGCGAAGGUUGGGAAUCCCUGAGUGUUUUAUGUUGGUGACUCAACGCAUCACAAAAUAUCCCAUCCUGGUGGAGCGGAUCAUACAGAACACUGAAGCUGACACAGAAGAGUACAAGUCUCUGGUACAGGGUUUGGCACUGAUCAAAGACACCAUCUCCCAGGUGAACGAUCAGGUCAGUGAAUACGAGAAAGCAGCUCGUCUGAGAGAGAUAAGUCUGCGCCUGGAGCCAAAAUCUCAGGGUCGGAUGAGGGACGGACAGCUGUUCCGCAGGGAGGAUCUGAUCCAGGGAGACAGGAUGCUGCUGCGUGAAGGCACCGUCACCUGGAAGUCCUCUGGUAGACAAAAAGACGUCCAAGCUGUGCUGCUGUCAGACGUGCUCCUCCUCUUACAAGAGAAAGAUCAGAAGCUUGUGUUUGCUGCUGUGGAUAACAAACCAUCAGUGAUCUCCCUUCAAAGGCUGAUAGUUAGGGAAGUGGCUCAUGACGACAAAGCCAUGUUCCUUAUCUGCGCGUGCACCAUCAGCAUGCCGGAAAUGUACGAGAUCCACACGGGCUCCAGGGAGGAACGCAUCACAUGGAUGGCGAUGAUACGGGAAGCUGUGAACCGCUAUCCAGAUGAGCAGCUGUACCGAGAACUGACUGCUAAACUGCAACAAUAUCAAGAUAUUCUAAAGAUGAGGGAUGACCUUAUAAAGCAAAAUCUGACAGAGAAACAGCAGAUCUUUGCUGCUCUCUACGAGACUGUGACGGAGCAGGAAACCCCUCACAAAGGGCUGCUGCUCCGAGGAGACACCUCCGACCUCCAGCAGGGGGAGACGCUGCUUAAAGGAGCCAUUGAUGAGGUGGAAAACCUGCAGAACCUGCUCUUGUUGAGGAUAAAAGACCCAAACCGUCCCCUGGAUGAGAGUAAGAUGCAGGGCGGGCUGCUCAGGAGGGCCGAGACGUUUGGAGUGGCAGAUAGCAACCCUGCUGCUAGCAUCAUGAAAACCGGAGAUGCAACUGAGAGGCCAGGUGGCAGCGAGGGCAGUCGCCCCAUUAGUGACCCUCUGCUGCAGGAAACGUACUGUGAAGACCUGGAACAGUCUGCUGAUGACGACACUCAAAUGCCAAACCAUAAUUUAACCUUCAGUCAUUACCUUGAGGGAGAGGUGUGUGACAGAGUGAUAAUGCUCGCACAGAGGCUCUACAGCUUACAAGCAAUCGUCGCCGAGCAGGACAGCCAGAUUGAACUGCAGAACAUUUUACAGUCAAAGACCAAGCAGCGUCAUUAUAGCAGCGUGCUGCUCGAGCAGGAGAAGCAGCGCAACUUGGAGAAGCACAAGGAGGAGCUGGCCAAUUUGCACAAGCUGCAGGCUCAGCAUCGAGAGGAGCAGCAGCACUGGGAGAAGGAGAAGGAGCGGCAGAGGAUUCAGAUCGAGGCUCUGGAGGCUCAGCUGCAACAGAGGGAGGACGACUGUCGAAAGCGGGAGGAGAAGCUCAGUGAGGAGAAGGCUGAGCUGGAGGAGCAGAAGAAAAGCUAUCAGCAGGACCUGGAGAGGCUGAGGGAAAGCACAAAGUCAGUAGACAAGGAAAAGGAGCGUCUCGAUCAGGAGAAGGAGCGUCUAGAGAAAAUGAAGAAGUAUGAGGAUCCUGCAAAAUGCUGGAGUCACUCCAAUUACCAGUCGUUCAGGGGAAGCAUAGUGAACGGAGGCUGGAAUAUGACCUUACCCCCGAAGCUCUUGGCCGCCUCCUCAUACCCGAUGGAAACUCCUCCAAAGGUUCCGCCGCGCAGGGAGAGCAUCAGCCCCAUGCUGGCCAAACCCGAGCUGCCCAUCCAGCUGAUCAGCACCACCAACCAGGUGCUCAAGCCUGCGGUCGUGCAGCAGCAGAUCCCCACCAAGCUGGCUGGUCUGUCCAAGGGAAAGGAGAAAGGCACCAAGUCGAAGGGGUCCCACCAGAGAACGCACAGUGCAGCCUCUAUAGACGUGAACCAGGUGCUGCCCAUCCGAGUGACGGGGAAAGAAGGAGGCAGUCUGAGAUCCAAAAGGAACGCCAGUCCUCAAACCAUCUACCAGUCAGGGGUCUUCAACUCACCAGGAUCUGUCCGCAAUGUGAAAACAUCUCAGUCCUUCAGCACGUACAAGAGGGGCAGUGGCGAGGCUCCACCACCAGUGCCGCCUCCUUUUCCCAAAGAGGUACUCGAAACUGGCAAAGAGAAAGUAAUAUUCCUUUAAUCCUGAGCUACACACUGGAGUUUGGAUGAGGCCUUGUCCAGACUUAUACACACUUCUAAGACUGAUGGAGCUGUUAAAACAUUGGACGUGACUUCAAGACGUCCACGUGUGUCCAGAACGAAGAGGACAGUCACGAUUAUGGAUUUUUAUUACUGGAAACCACCUGUUUUUAUGUAGUAUUUAUGGUAUUGGUUGGUUCUAAAACUGUAAAAAGCGACGCCCGUUUGUACAUUAGGAAAGAUAAAAUUUUAAAUGAAAAUGAUGUGAAAGCAAAAGAAUUUGCCAAAGACUUUUAUGAGAAGUUAUUUUUCUUAUUUUAAAUGAAAGCAAGUUGUCUUUAACCAUUUAGCACUCGUGUCUUCACUUUAAAGCUUUCUUUUCAAUAUAAUGAAUGAUAAAUACGGUACGAGGAGGCUGUGGAUUUGUGAAGUUUACACCUUUUUAGAUGUGAGGUGCGAGCACAAAAGGUUUAUUUCAGGAUGAAUCAGAUUACAAUGUGUACUGUGGUCCUGCUCCUCAGCGUGUGCUGUAAUUGAAUCAUACAUUAAUGGGGUUUGUGGAAGAAACUACAUUUUGUAAAGUUAUUGUUUGUAAAUACUAUGAGCUGCUUUGUGCACUUUGGUGAUUUCAGCAGGGUUGUUUCAGACAGAAAGCUGCUGGAAACAUGUAUAAGAAUGUAACACAAUGAUUGUAAUUUACUGUUAAAUAACGUUCUGGCGUUAUUUAACAUUUAACAUUAUGUUGGUGAUUUUCUCUGGUAGAGAAACAUCGGCCGCUGUCACCUUUUGGUUCCAUGUAAAAUUUCUUCCAAAUCCCAACUAAUGGGUCAUGGAAUAAAAAGAUGAGUGUUUUUGUGGCUGAAAGAACCUGAAAUAGUUUUUUAAAACUGGAGGUGGCUGAAAACAAUCAACGAUAUCAUUCAGGUCUUGGCAGUCGAUUCCACAGCUUUGUAGACUAAAUCCAGUGUGAGACAUCAAAAUGUAACACAUGGUUUUACAUUCUGAGUAAUUUUACUUUGGCUGAUAAAAGCAAAAAAAUACAACUUUUAAAGGGAAGGUUCACAAGUCUAUCCUAAAACAGCAGUCAGGUGCCCACAUGUACCAUAUGUGUGUCAUUCCUCUUGUUCAUACCGACCAUUAAGAGAUCACUUCUUAAUAUUCUCCCAAUUUAAGUGAUGAUUCAAAUCCACAGUUCUUGUUCUGUGUAAAAAAUAUAUUCCACAGUUCAUCUAAUGCUAAUAUGAAGCUUUAGCAGUGUGACAAAUCAUGUGAGUAUCUUCCUUAGUGUCUUUUUUUAUUUUUAUUGCCUGGUUUUGAUUUCUCUCCACUGCAGCUCAGCACCAGAGAAAGAAAAACGGUACAUUUUGUACUAAUGAUUACAGCAACAAAAGCUGAGUGUGCGUUUUAACACCACAGUCCUCUUAUUUGGUAAAGCUGACAUCACUCUGGCUGCUCUCACUGGGUGUUAUUAAACCUGCUGACUGCUCAUCAUUAAUGAGGCAUGUGAGGCCUCAUCGCUCACAGACGACCUUCUCUUGGUUAGUUUUAUUUUUUUAUCUGGACUUCAGGGACUCUGUGAGACGAAUACAACCAACUACUCUCUUACACUGCUGUCAGAGAAUGUCAGCUAACAGUAGCUUCAGUACAAACACUCAGAUUCAGGUGGAAGCUGAAUGUCCAGCAGUAAUAGAUGUAGACGCACACUCGUGUUGCUGUGUGGCGCUCUGUGUGGCGCUCUGUGUGGCGCUCUGUGUCGACCCAUCCAACAGCAUGUUGAUCGGAGACUAAUCCAGUUCAAACAGCCCUCCACUCUGAGUGACUGAGCUGAAGCGACAAAGAGGCUCUUUGUCGGACUGCGGUUCAUUUCUGCAGAGCCCCGAACAGAAGUGGACCUUUUUCACAGCUGGAGGGCCACAAUGAAAGGACACGUUGAGACUCAGUUCUUGGAUACGCGGCGGUUUCUAACACAGGCAGCGACUUGAACAAAGCUGCUGUUAGUAAAUCUGUGUGAUAUUGUUCCAACAGGAAAAAAACAAACAGUUCAAAGAUCAGAUACAAUGUUUUUUUUAUUAUACGUAUUCCUCAACAGAGGCAUUAAAAACCACUUGGUGACAACAAACUAUACUGGUGAAUGAAUAAUCUCCUGGAAAUCAGCGAGGGCACACAUCCAGACAACUAAACUCGCUCUCAUUUGACCUUUGACCUCAACUUCUACACAGAAAUGUUGGUUAACAGGCAUCAUAAAUGAAUGAGAAUCAGAAAUAUCUCUAAUAUGUAUUCUGUGUAGACAAUGAAGUGACUUAGAAAAACAAAAUGAAUGUAUAUUGGAUAUAUUGAUACCUCGGUUUCCGUUUCUUUAAACCUUUUUUUUUAUGGAUUAUACAUAAA